UGCCUUUAGUUUCUGCAUAACAGGCUGUGCGGUCGCUGCCUCAUCGAGUGAAGUGCAACACGACGCAUCCGUCAUGCUGGGCAACGACGAUCCCACAAAACCCACUGAUGAUGAGACAGAAAAAUUAAGCUUCACAGCAGAAAAGGAAUCGUCAUUUGAAUGCAUACUGGACAGAAUUGGCAGCAGAGGAAAAUUUCAAAUUCGGCUGAGUUGUAUUUACAUUUGUCUCUCUGUACUCUUAUGUACCUCUCCCAGUCAUAUGUUUAUAAUGUCUAUGGUGGUUCCUGACCACUGGUGUCACGUUCCUGGAAGAGAAUUAUCGAAUGUUAGCAUCGAAGAAUGGAAGAGUCUGACGAUACCAAGGAAAAAUGGAUCGUACAGUAAGUGUUCCAUGUACAAAAAUAUAGAACAAGGAAACGAAACGAUAUCAUGUCAGUAUGGAUGGGAAUUUGAUACAACAUGGUAUUCGCUCACUCUACCUGCCCAGGAGAAGUGGGUCUGCGACCGAGAAAUUGUGGUCAGCAAUACUCUCGCCUUGAUCCAAGGCCUCUCCGUCGUCGUUGGUCUGGCAAUAUGUUACAUUGGAGACAGGUUUGGCCGACGUACGCAGUAUUUUGUCUCUCUUUCGAUGAUUUCUGUGUGUCGCAGCCUGAGUGUGCUGGCUGUGUCCAUAUAUCCAUUGUUCAUCGUAUUGUCGGUUCUUGGAACUGCUGCAGAUAGUUCGACCACGGAGGCAACUACGGCAAUUGGACUUGAACUGACAGAUAUCAUGCAUCGCUCCACCAUCAACUUCCAGUUCACUGUAAUGUACUGCGUGGGUUCAAUGGUGAGUCCCCUAAUUGCUUGGGCCACGAGGAACUGGAUGAUAUUUAUGCUGGCCUCAUCAGUACCAUGCUUCCUAUUGUUCUCAUGUCAAAGCUUUCUUCCUGAGUCACCGCGCUGGCUGCUCAAUAAGGGGCACACGAAAAGAGCGUAUUCUGUGGUGCACAAGAUAGCACAGACCAACAGGAGGCACGUUCCGGCCGACACAUUGGAAAUUCUAAACGCGAUGUCCAAACGACGGUCUGCGAAUAUGGGAGUGCUAAGUUUAGUCACCAAUAGAAACCUGUUUAAGAAUACACUUAGACUGAUUUUUGGAAGGUUAGUCUGCAUACUGACCAGAAGUACAAUGAUGUUUAAUAUCGGUAAUCUCGGCGGCAAUCCAUUCCUCGCCUACAUGGUUCAAGGAGCUUUCGAGUUCCCCGGUAACCUUGCAGCGCAUUUCCUGGGCAACAGGUUUGGACGGAGGUUCACAGAAGCAUUUUCAUUGUUGGGGGCAACACUGGUUUCCGUCGCCAUCAUUAUUGUAAUGACAGUGUCUGGCCCUGACUGGAUGGUGAAUUCAGGAGCUGUUCUCUUGAGGUUUUUCAGUUCAAUGUCGUUGUUUACCAACAUUAUCCAAAGCAUGGAAAUCCAUCCGACGUGUGUAAGACAGAUUGGUUCUGCCAUUGAGUGGGCUGUCAUCGCGGCCAUGAUUGGAGUUGCGCCAUAUAUUGUGUACUUGGGUGAGUUAGUUGAUCGCCGGUGUCUAUAUGGUGUGCUUGGAAUUCUCCUUUUCUUGGCAGCUGUGGUAACGUCCUUUCUUCCGGAGUCUUUGCACGAGAGAUUACCAGAGACUCUCGAAGAUGCUACCAAUUAUGGUGCCUGUCAAAAAUAUUGGAGCUUACCUGUCAUUAAAAAGGGAUGGAGAUCCGCUAUUUACAUGCCUGGCUGUGUGCUUGACGCGCUGGGGCUCAGCAGUGGAGUGCGCAAAGUGCCUACCACACGUACGUACCCAACACAGAAAAGUUAUACAAGCUAG